AUGAACCAGUACCCUGAUAGAAUUCAAUCCGUAUUCGGAGAUUAUCAAACAUCGACCAUGAUCGAUCAUGGAUUCCCAAACCGAACGAUUAAAACGAGUUAUCCAUCCGCUACCGAUACACCGCACCAGGAAUCAUUCACUCUUAAACAAAAUGAAAAUCUUGGAAUUUGUCAAGCUUUAUUAUUAUCCACUUGUAUGCUGUUGUUGAGCUACCAUAGCGUACGUUACGGUAGAACCGAGUAUAGUAUCUUGGGAAAUGGUAAAAUUACUCAAGGAUACGCGCACAAAGCUGUGGUCACAUUGAGCUUAGGGUAUUCGAUUCCUUAUUCCGUGAUUUCUUUCAUGGCAAUCGGCAUGCUUGCCUAUUCCAUUGUAACGAAACGUCCACGCUGGAGCAUUCCAUCGAUAAUACUCUAUCUGAUUGAUCUGGUGUACGAUGUAAGCGGUGCUUUCAUUGUAAUUUGGCUACUUUUCUCUAAUCUCCCUACCUCAAUGGCCUUCUCUUACGCGUUUGGAACGAUACUCUUGAUACGUACGUUUUCAAAUUCUUAAUUAUCAAAAUAGAUUAUUAGUUGAACGAUGAAUUUUAUUAUUUAGUCGGAGAAGUUUGG